AUGUGCGGCAUCUUCUGCUCGAUCAGCAGACACGAACAUGUCGUCCCGUCCGAUACCCUCAAACAACUGCUGCAAUCACGAGGACCGGACGCGUCGAACCAGCUGAACAUCCAGUGUAUACCGGAAAGCACAACGGAACCCGCGUACUUGACUUGCUACUCGACAGUGUUGUCUCUGCGCGGCUCCAAUCCGGUGUCUCAGCCUUACCAGCAGCGCGGCUCAAACUCCUUCCUCUGCUGGAACGGCGAGGCGUGGGGCAUUGCCGGCGAAAAACCGACUGGCAAUGACACCGCAGCCGUGUUCGAUGCGCUGCAGAACGCAGUAUCCAUCCCGGUCCCGCCCAUGGAUGCGCGAGAAGAAGGCUCCCUCGUCACGCAGACGCUUUCCCAAGCCCUCUCGCAGGUGGCCGGCCCUUACGCGUUGGUCUUUUACGACGAGCUUCGUUCGAGGGUGUACUUUGGCCGAGACUCCCUCGGACGGCGAUCGCUUCUAUGGAGAGUCUCGACGAAUGGCGAUCUGAUCUUCAGCAGCAUCACCGACGGCACUCCAGGCCAAGGGUGGACUGAAGUCGACGCCGAUGCAAUAUACAGUAUUGAUCUGUCAGCGCGGUCCUACGCCAGAGAUCGAGCAGGGGAUGAUGUCGAACAGCGGGGGGCCUUCUUUGUCUCCCGGGCUCCCUACUCUUGUGUGGGUGACAGGGAUGUAAACGACCAUUCUGUAGGUGCACAAAUUCUGGCCUUGAGUGUGUGCGCUCAUGGCAAGGUAGGUGAUCCCCAAACUUCUCUUGAACAGACAGAUACCCCGGUCUCCAGCACGCCUCGAUGAGGAUUCUCCCUCGGUUUCUGACCUAGGCAAAUUGCUCCGCAACUCCCUCUCCGCCCGAGUGCUAGACAUUCCCGAGCCACCUGCUCUCGACAAGGACAUAUCUUGGUGCCGCAGAGCGAAGGUAGCGAUCCUCUUUUCCGGCGGCCUGGAUUGCACUGUGCUAGCAAGGCUGUCGCACGAUCUACUCCCAACAGAAGAACCCAUCGACCUUCUUAAUGUGGCGUUCGAGAAUCCGCGCAUCCACAAGUCAGCGGAAGAAGACGCUUGCGAGCUUUGUCCAGACCGAAUCACGGGCCGUGUGUCUUAUGCUGCUCUUUGCAGCGCUUGCCCGGGACGAGAAUGGCGAUUCGUGGCGAUUGACGUCCCAUACUCUGAGGCCAGGGCGCACCGGCAACAGAUCAUUAGAUUGAUGCAUCCUCACAACACGGAAAUGGAUCUAAGCAUCGCAUACGCCCUUUAUUUUGCAGCGCGGGGUGUCGGGUGCCUUUACAAUGAAAUGGCCAGCGCGGUGCUGUCUUACACAACGGCAGCUCGUGUACUACUAUCGGGCUUGGGAGCCGAUGAGCUUUUUGCUGGCUAUACGCGACAUUCUACAGCUUUUACGAGGCAUGGGCACGAGGGCCUCCUUAAUGAGCUCGACCUCGACAUUGGAAGAUUGGGGAAGCGCAACCUUGGCCGUGACGACCGUGUCAUCAGUCACUGGGGCCGAGAGGUGAGAUUUCCGUUUCUCGAUGAGCACCUGGUCCGAUGGGCAUUGGAAGCACCUGUCACAGACAAGUGCGACUUCGAUGCUACGAAAUCCAACAUACCGCUUGACGAAAACUCGUGUGCAUCCAUUGAACCAGGCAAAAAGGCUCUGAGGUGUUUGGCGUGGAGACUAGGCAUGAAAGAAGUGGCCAAGGAGAAGAAGCGAGCGGUAAGCGUCCAGUGUGCCAGACAAGCGGAUCCAUGCUGACAUUUUGCAGAUCCAAUUCGGCGCUCGAACAGCCAAGAUGGAGACUGGCAAGACCAAAGGCACGACUCUUCUUUCAUAA